UCUCUAUGAACCGGACGGGAGGUUGUGAUCGUAUUGUAUAAAUAGGCGUAAAAACGUACAAAUCCACUAUGUCUGACUGAGUGUGUCCGUCGCAGAAGCUUUGGUGACACACACGCACACACACAUCCAGUGCACGUCCUGUAACACGCGUGUGUUGUGUGACAUGUGAACGCACCAAUCACCUGCGAGCAUCUGACUGCGUCCACUUCCCGACACCGGAGGAGCUCAGCGGACACGGACGACCGGCGAUUCAGCACCCAUUAUCAUCAUCAGCGCAGCAGCAGCGUCAGCCGCAGCAGCCGCCGACGGGUCGGUUUGAUUAUCAGCAUCCGACGGGAGUACACUGGUAUCGGUCACCGUGCCUGCAGCAAGGAGAUGGCCGGUAUCUUGGCGUGGUUCUGGAACGAGCGCUUCUGGCUCCCCCAUAACGUAACAUGGGCAGACCUGAAGAACACAGACGAGGCGACGUUCCCGCAAGCGGAGGAUCUCUAUCUGGCUUGCCCUUUGGCCUUCUGCAUCUUCAUGGUGCGGCUGCUGUUCGAAAGGUUCAUUGCAAGGCCGUGUGCAGUGGGCCUGAAGAUCCAAGCCAGUGGGCCCCAAAAAGCCCAACCCAAUGCCAUCUUGGAGAAGGUUUUUACUGCGAUUACCAAGCACCCCGAUGAGAAGAGGCUGGAGGGAUUGUCCAAGCAGCUGGACUGGGAUGUCCGAACCAUCCAGCGCUGGUUCCGACAACGACGCAACCAAGAGAAACCCAGCACUCUCGCCCGCUUCUGUGAGAGCAUGUGGAGAUUUACAUUUUAUCUCUACAUAUUCACCUAUGGGGUGCGUUUCCUUAAAAAGACGCCCUGGCUGUGGAACACGAAAGAAUGCUGGUACAACUAUCCUUACCAACCGCUGACGGUGGACAUCCACUACUACUACGUACUAGAGCUGUCCUUCUACUUGUCCUUGCUCUUUUCCCAAUUCACUGAUAUCAGGAGGAAGGAUUUCUUGAUCAUGUUCCUGCACCACAUGGCCACCAUCUCCCUCAUCACCUUCUCCUACGUGAACAACAUGGCAAGGGUUGGAAGUCUGGUUAUGUGUCUCCACGACGCGGCGGAUGUCCUGAUAGAGGCAGCCAAGAUGGCCAACUAUGCCAAAUGUCAGAUCCUGUGCAACCUCCUGUUUGCGAUGUUUGCACUUGUCUUCAUCAGUUCCCGGCUGGCAGUUUAUCCCGUGUGGAUUCUAAAUACAACCUUGUUUGAGAGUUGGGACAUCGUUGGACCCUACCCGUCCUGGUGGGUCUUCAACCUGCUUCUCAUCUUACUGCAGCUGCUUCACUCGUACUGGUCCUACCUCAUCGGGAAGACAGCGUACCAGGCCGUCUCCAAAGGAAAGGUGGGGAAAUGGAAUCCUUUACAUGUGUCUAAAGACGACCGCAGUGACAUUGAGUCCAGCUCAGACGAGGAUGAAAACCAAACCAAACAGAAAACACACAACAGCGCCACCAACGGGACCAACAAACCUCACGGAUCCAACGGAUUCCUUACAGGAACUUCUUACCCUGAUGAACACUGACUGUACUGCUACGCACCAUCCAUCCAAUGCGUGUGCGUGUGUGUGCGUGUGUGUGUGUGUGUGUGUGGACACCAUUCACAUCACUGAUCUAUCUUAUCUGGUUCUGGAAUUUGUUUACGGGUUCAGAUGGAUGAAGUUUUUCCUUUGAACUCAUGUCCACGUAUUCUCUUCAUCUGCAUAUUUUCAUCAGCAGUCGAUCAACCUUCUUUGUCCGUGAGUCGAAGUAUUCUUCUUGAAGGUUCUGUCCCAAACUGCCCUUUAACUCGUCCGUCUGCCUCCGUCCAAAUAUUUACGUCACACGCUGUAUUACGGCGGCAAAGUCUAAUACAGGGGUGUCCAAAGUCCUGCCCGUGGGCCAUUUGUGGGAAACGGCUGUUUUUUUUACCGGCCCGCGGAACAUUCUAGAAAUAUAAUUUAACAACAAAACAAAAAAAAAACAACAGCAGCAAAAAUGAAAAAAUCUGCAGUAAUUUUACAAGAAUAAAGUAAAAAUAUUAAGAACAAAAUGGUCAUCUAAGGAAAAAAAGUAAUUGUAAUUUUAUGAGAAUACACUAAGUCCCCAACUUACUAACAUCCGACGUGCGAACAUUCGGAGAUACGAACACAAGCUGGUCUAUUUUUUCAUGUGUUUUGCCUUAUAAGUCCAUAUUUAUACUGCUACAUGCUUGACCAGUAGAGGGCACUGUGACACUGCUAAUGGGACCAACAGAUACAGGAAGAGGAGUAAGAGGAGAGAGGAAGGCUAAGAGUUUUAUUAUACAACCCGGACAGAGCGUGUGAUUAAAGUUUAUGAAGAGUUAAUAGGCCUGCUUAAUUCUACACCACCCACAGAACACUACCUCUUUUAGAAGAGUCUAACGAUGACGACCAUUUGUCCUUUUUUUCCAAUAACUCCUCCUCCAACUCCACCACAACGACGUAUGCUCGACCACUCCUCUUCAAAGGUAAAUAACAUUUAUCAUUACGUAUUAUUAUAUCACUUUUAUUAUUGUUUUUUUAAAUUAAUUAUCCUCGUUUAAUAUCACUACUUCAUCCAAACUCAUAUUUACAUACAUACACAUAUACUGUAUAUGUAUACACGUACAUGUAGUACCUAUAUCAUUGGUAAUAUUACCUUUUCCCUACUUAAGAACAAUUCGACAUAAGAACGGUCGUCUGGAACCAAUUGUGUUCGUUAGCUGGGGACUUAUAGUGUAAUGUAAUAUGAGGAAAAAUAGCAUUUUAACUGAAUAUUGAAAUAUGAAAGAAAAAAGAUGUUAUUUGUGUUGUAAUAUAUGGCAAACAAUUUACCAAUAAAACUGUAAUUGUUGUAAAAUUAGGUGGCAGAAAAAGUUAAGAAGAAAGUUGAAAUAAAAUGGCAUUAUUCUUCCUAAUAUUAUGAGUUUAUUUUUGUAAAGUUGCUAUUUUUUUUAAUACAACUUGUUUCUCUUAAUAUUUAGACUUUAUGCUUGUAAAAUUACUGCUGAUUUUUACUGUAGUUUUUUUUUUUUGUUAAAAUUUUAUUUUUAGAAUGUGCUGUGGGACAAUUUUAAAAAAAGGCCCCCGGGACACACUUUGGACACCCCCGGCAUAGGGUGCUUUGUUUGGGGACUGGAUUCCACGUAACAAAACAGUACAGGGCUAUGGAAUCACAGGAGUGCCAAAAUUCAAAGGCAAUACGUGUGGAAAUACAAAGAGAAUCAAUAAUAAAAAAAUAUACAAAUGUAGUCUUUUUUUUUUUUACUAUUUGUCUUUGUUUUUUCUGUAUUGUCUUUGUUUUUUCCAAUUUGCCGUUGUUUUUCCUGUUUUGUAUUUGUCUUUUCCACUUGCGUUUUGUCAUUGCAUUUGAUAAUAGCAUGCAAAUUCAGAAGAAUGACCCGCCCACAGCUCGUUCUGCCAGGAUGAUGACUAGUCCAUACGUGAUUACACGUAUGGACUAGAUUCCUGUUGGGGGGCUUUGUAGUUAAGGAAACUCGGGAGCCCGGAAAUAAUGUCACGGACAGAAAGUAGAGAUAAAUUCACGUUUAUCAAAAGUAAACGGGGGAAAUUUAAAUAUGGUGGACGUGGACGAAUUGAGAAGAGGUGUUCAACGAGAAUUAUGAGCAAUUGCUCGGUUGGUGGAAGGUGUCAUGGAAAGUUUUGAUUAAAAAGUCUAUAAAGUCUUUAAAGGCUACAUCUGCGUUGAUGACUGCAGAUAUGGAUGAAGCUGUGUGGCGCAAUCUUGAGGAGGUAAAUGCUUUAUUUUAUCUUAUUUAAAUUUCCCCCGUUUACUUUUGAAUGAGGUCAUUCUUCCGCAUUUGCAUGGUAUUAUCAAAUGCAAUGACAAAACGCAAGUGGAAAAGACAAAUACAAAACAGGAAAAACAACGGCAAAUUGGAAAAAACAAAGACAAAAUAGUAAAAGAAUAUGACUACAUUUAUACAUUUUUGUAUUAUUGAUUCUCUUUGUAUUUCCGCACGUAUUCCCUUUUAAUUUUGGCACUCCUGUGACUCCAUACAGGGCAAACAGACUAGUUUGUUACAUGCCAUAUUAUACAAAAACCGAGGCAAAUAAUGAAUAUUUUUGAAGACUUUCAUUUUUAAUGAUAUUGUUGUCAAAAUGUUGUCAUGAUGCUUCCGGUGAGUUCCGUGGCUGGACGAGGACGAGUUUUCCUCCUGCCCAGCAGCCAUAAAAGUCUAACAAGCGUUAAGCUUCCGCCAAAGUAAGGAUGACUAGCAAAAAAGAAACACCAGCGUAACAUAGAAGAACCGCCCAUCGCUAUCAGAAAUUUUCAGCAAAGUUUGUAAGGCGUGUGUCAAGGCGCAGGUUCAGUGCAUCUGUAAAGUGCUGUCCAUUUUGAGGCGGAAUGGUUGAAGGGCGCAGUGGGACAGAAGCUUCCCUGCUGCAAGCGAGCUACAUCCAUACCGUCUGGCAUUCUGGGGGGUGUGCGUCUUACGUCGCUGUCUUUUAUCGUCUUUCUUUUCCUCACCUUUACUCUGGAAGCUACACCCCCAAAGAGUUGCCACCAUUUCAACAAUGUGUGACAUUGACGCAGCGUUUUAAAAAAAAGAAGAAAAAAAGACAAAGCUUGUCCACUGAAGCUGUACCGUAUAUGAGAUGUCAACAACAGUAUUAUGUGUGUAUCAGAUAUGACUAGAUACUGUAUGCAUUUAUGCAUUUACUUUAGUCGUCUUGCGCAAGGCAGUAUGAUGACUUGUUGGAAUUAUUCAAUAAAAGAACAGAAAGCA